AUGGGCGGCGCGGGCGGCUGGGCGCGCGACGCGCCCGCGCUGCUGAGUACGGCGCUGCUGUUGGGAGGCGCGGGCGGCUCGCUGGCCGACCGCCCGCCGCCGCCGCUUUUCACCAUCGACAGCAUCCUGGCCCCGCGCCCGCCGCCGCCGCUGCCGCCGCUGCAGCUGCACCAGCUGGCGCACACGCCGUUCCACAGAGCGCACGACCUGUUCGGUGUGGGCAGUGGCGUGACGUCUGUCGGAGGGUACGCCGGGUUGUACAGCGGGUACGCCGCGGCGGCGCUGGCGGGGCUCUCGGGCCCUCCACCCAAGCGCAAGCGGCGCCACCGGACCAUCUUCACCGAGGAGCAGCUUGAGCAGUUGGAGAGCACCUUCGACAAGACCCACUACCCCGAUGUAGUUCUUAGAGAGCAACUGGCUUUGAGGGUUGACUUGAAAGAAGAGCGUGUAGAGGCGGAUAGUUUCGACGAGGUAAAGCGCUACGAGUCAAUAGAGCUGACGUGA